CAUCCCCAUGGCCGCCGUCGGCGACGUCGCCAGGUACUGGCUGGCGGAGCACCCGGCCAUCGUGGGCUUCCGGUGGAGCCCCUCCGGCGGCCUCUGGUUCUCCACCUGGGCCUUCCUCCUCGGCUUCCUCGCCACCUACGUCGCCCUCUCCCUCACCCUCGACGCCCUCCUCGCCGCGCUCCGCCGCAAGCGGCCGCUCCCGCUCGGCGCCGUCCCGUCGGCGCACGCCUUCCUCAUGGCCGCCGUCUCGGCCGCCGUCUUCGCCGGCACCCUCGUCUCGGCCGUCGCGGAGAUACGCGACACGCGGUGGUCGUGGCGUGGCCGGAGCCGCACCACCCCGCUCCGCUGGCUGCUCUGCUUCCCGCCGGGCACGCGCUCCUCGGGCCGCGUCUUCUUCUGGUCCUACGCCUACUACCUCUCCCGCUACCUCCACGCCGCGCGGGGCCUCUUCGCCGUGCUCCGCCGCCGCCCCGGCGCGGCCGCCCGCGUCUUCGCGCACGCUGCCGCCGUCGCCAUGGCCUUCCUCUGGCUCGAGUUCUCCCAGUCCUUCCAGGUGCUCGCCAUCCUCGCAUCCACGCUCGCGCACGUGGUCGCCUUCGGGUUCCGCGCCGGGCUGCCGGCCGCGCGCGCCGCCAGGGUGGCGCCCGUGGCGCUGGUCGGAUGCAACGUCGUGUGCCACGCCGGCGUCCUGUGGAUGCACUUCGGAGGGGCCGUCGCCGGCGGGUGCAGCGGCAUCGGGGCGUGGCUGUUCAACACCCUGCUCAACGCCGCCCUCCUCUGGGUCUUCCUGCAUUGCUACGGCAGGCGCGGCGUCUGCGACGACGACGGCCGCGUCAAGGAGAUAUGACCACCGGCACCGAUCGAUCUGCGAGGUGAUUCCCAAUGUGACGAUGAGAGGAAAAACCAUGUAAUAUAUCCAUCUUCGCUGUACAUACUAUAUACUUAUAUAGGCUGAAAUUAAUUAAAUUGGCAUC